UCGAUACUACUUGCGGGCCCGAAUCCCUCUUCAACCUUCUGUUCUUCGGAGGGGCACCUUCAAGCGGCUCCGCAGUGCACUGGCAGCGGCUUCCUGAUUUACAGAGAAGACGCCAGAAGAAACACUUUAAACACACGCAGCGAUGUCGUUCCUGUCUGUCAGCAGGCUAGCGCCUAAACUUCUCAACUCAAAGAACGCAACCUACUUCAUUACGGCUGCAAGGAAUGCCAGCGCCUCUACAACGAGUCUGAAGGAUGUUCUGUCCGACCUCAUCCCUAAAGAACAGAGCAGGAUCAAGAACUUCAAACAGCAAUAUGGCAAAACCAACAUCGGGCAGGUUACUGUGGACAUGGUGUACGGAGGUAUGAGGGGGAUGAAGGGUCUGGUUUACGAGACCUCCGUGCUGGAUCCUGACGAGGGCAUUCGCUUCCGAGGCUACAGCAUCCCAGAGUGUCAGAAGUUACUCCCCAAAGCUGAAGGAGGUGACGAGCCACUACCUGAGGGCCUCUUCUGGUUGUUGGUCACAGGACAGGUGCCCACUGAGGAGCAGGUGAACUGGGUGUCCAAAGAGUGGGCCAAGAGAGCAGCGCUGCCGUCACACGUGGUCACCAUGCUGGACAACUUUCCCACCAACCUGCACCCCAUGUCCCAGUUCAGCGCUGCCAUCACAGCCCUCAACAGCGAGAGCAGCUUCGCACGCGCCUACUCAGAGGGCGUGCACAAGUCCAAGUACUGGGAGUACGUCUACGAGGACUCCAUGGACUUGAUCGCCAAGCUGCCCUGCAUCGCCGCCAAGAUCUACCGCAACCUGUACCGCGAAGGCAGCAGCAUCGGCGCCAUCGACCCCAACCUGGACUGGUCCCACAAUUUCACCAACAUGCUGGGCUACAGCGACGCCCAGUUCACCGAGCUCAUGAGACUCUACCUCACCAUCCACAGCGACCACGAAGGAGGCAAUGUCAGCGCCCACACCAGCCACUUGGUGGGCAGCGCCCUGUCAGACCCCUACUUGUCCUUCAGCGCCGCCAUGAACGGCCUGGCCGGUCCUCUUCACGGCCUGGCAAACCAGGAGGUGCUGGUGUGGCUGACGGCCCUGCAGAAGGAGCUGGGAGGGGAGGUGUCGGACGAGCGCAUGAGGGAUUACAUCUGGAACACGCUCAAGUCAGGAAGGGUGGUCCCCGGGUACGGCCACGCCGUCCUGAGGAAGACGGACCCUCGCUACACCUGCCAACGCGAGUUCGCCCUGAAGCACCUGCCCAACGAUCCCAUGUUCAAGAUGGUGGCCCAGCUCUACAAGAUUGUGCCCAACGUGCUGCUGGAGCAGGGCAAGGCCAAGAACCCCUGGCCCAACGUGGAUGCCCACAGCGGUGUGCUGCUGCAGUACUACGGCAUGACGGAGAUGAACUACUACACGGUGCUGUUUGGCGUGUCGCGGGCUCUGGGCGUGUUGGCCCAGCUGGUGUGGAGUCGAGCUCUGGGCUUCCCGCUGGAGCGCCCCAAGUCCAUGAGCACGGAUGGACUCAUGUCUCUGGUGGGCGCAAAGUCGGGCUGAAGCGUCGGCCCACCCACACCCCCACCCCGGUGGGAGCAAGUAUGGAGUUGACCCCGAUCCCAACCACCCACCAACACUGCUGGAUUCAAAGACAGUACGCUUUUAAUGUUAUUUCCCACAACGCUUUAGUGUAACAACCUGG